CCAGGACGGAAGUCACCAAAGCACCCCCCCUUUAAAAAAAAAAAAAAACAAUGAGCAUUUCUCAGAUUUGAGUCACUCCCUUUGCCUGCCCAUAUAGCACAGUGGUAAGGACGGUAUCUCCAGCCUGAGGUUGAUAUAGUAGUUACUUGCAUGAAACACACAGCAGCACCAUUAGGAAAGGAACAGAUACUAACAUUAGAGCAGAAUUCCACGUGACCAAAGGCUAGCUAGACAAAAAAAACUAGUGACCCCUCUGCAUCAAUGGCAGACAAGGAGCAAAUCAAGCAGACUGCAGCAAUGGUGCUGGGCUGCUUGGAGAAAGUGUCCUCCUUUGCCUCCACCAUCAACCCUCUGUUUGGCAUCGUUACCUCACUGAUUGGUGUAGUGAGGGAAGGCCUAGUGGAAGAUGGAGCCAGUGAGCUGGACAAGAACUUCCAGCAGAUUCAUGACAAGUUGGAGAGCAUCUCUGUGCAGAACAAGCAGCUGCUGGACCAGAUCCAAAUUACUGAGAUCAACAAAAACUAUGGUGACUUGGAAAAGAACAUCAAGUAUCAAUACCAAGCCUUCAAGACCAUGGUGGACAGAAUCAGGAAGGACCCAGAAAAAGACAAGCGUUACAGAGAGGAUUUCAAGAAAAUCUAUAGAAAGCAAAAGGGCCGUCUGAAUUUGAAUGUGUUCUAUCAAGCCGUCAUGGAAGACCAGGGUCCUUUUGGGAGGCCACUACUGAAAUUUUAUCUAGAGAAAAGCAACAAGAACAGGAAGAUCAUGGAGGCUAGAUGCGCUCAUCUGGCCAACCUUUUCCACAUCGGCCUCAUGGCACUGAUGGCCUACUAUGUGGUCACUGAGGAUGAUGAGGAUGAGUUCAGGGAAGAAUGGGGCCAAAAGGUCAUCAACAUUCAGACCAAGAUGCAAGAAGUCCUGGAUGAGUGUAACUCCCACCAAAGGCUAGCUAGACAAAAAACUAGUGACCCCUCUGCAUCAAUGGCAAACAAGGAGCAAAUCAAGCAGACUGCAGCAAUGGUGCUGGGCGGCUUGGAGAAAGUGUCCUCCUUUGCCUCCUCCUUCAACCCUCUGUUUGGCAUCGUUACCACAUUGGUUGGUUUAAUGAGGAAAGGCCUAGUGGAAGGUGAAGCCAGUGAGCUGGACAAGGACUUCCAGCAGAUUCAUGACAAGUUGGAGAGCAUUGCUAAGCAGAACAAGCAGCUGCUGGACCAGAUGCAAAUUACUGAGAUCAACAAAAACUAUGGUGACUAUGAACAGAACAUCAAGCACCAAUACCAAGCUUUCAAGACCAUGGUGGACCAAAUCAGGAAUGACCCAGAACAAGACGAGCAUUUCAAAAAGGAUUUCAAGAAAACCUAUGAAAUACAAAAGGGCCGCCUGAAUUUGAAUGUGUUCUAUGAAGCCGUCAUUGAAGAGCAUGGUCCUUUUGGGAGACCACUACUGAGAUAUUAUCUAGAGAAAUGCAACAGGAACAGGAAGAUCAUGGAGGCUAGAUGCGCUCAUCUGAUCUACCUCUUCCACAUCGGCCUCAUCGCACUGAUGGCUUACUAUAUAGUCACUAAGGAUGAUCAGGAUGCGUUCACAAAUGAAUGGAAGCAAAGGAUCCUCGACAUUCAGACCAAGAUGCAAGAAGUCCUGGAUGAGUGUAGUGAGCCUAAUUAAUUGAAUGCCUUAUUAUUCCUAAUUAACUGAAUGCUUCAUUAUGCCUAAUUAACUUAAAGAUUGUUAAACCACAGCGGUCUUGUGCUGCAUUAUAAUGUAGACAAUGAUAAACAAAUAAAUGUUAUUUAUAUCAUGAGCAAUGAGAACAUUGUUUUUUUUUCCGCUUCCUGUAUUGUUUUUAUGCCUUUUUAUUGGAUUAGCACUUAAAAAUCCUAUCUUUGAUUCAAUUGAAACAGUUAUGCAACAUUUUAUAUGACUUUAUAAAUCUAAAAUUGUUGCUGAAUGUAUAGUAGAGCUGUAUAUUGCAAAUCAUCAAAAUUAAUUUGGGAACCAUGUAUUUUGAAACAGGGACCAUACUGUUUCAUUGUUUUAUUGACUAUUAGCUUGCUAUACACACACACACACACACACACACACACACACACACACACACACACACACACACAGUACAGUACUGUGCAAAAGUCUUAGGCACCCUAUUUCCUUUAGUACAAACUUUGUUAUGGAUUUUUAUUUUAUGACUUUCUACAUUAUCGAGUCAGUACAGAAACAUUUAAACAUUUUAGAUAUCCAAACAUUAGUUUUCCAGCACAAAAUGAAAUGUCACAGAAAAAAUGUUUGUAUGUCAGUAAAGAAAGCAGAAUAUUAAGUGGUAAGACACACCUUUCAAACAAAAAACACAAUGAAGGCUGCUGGUAUUUGCUGCAAAAAAAAGAAGCAAGUGUGACAGUCAAAGUCUCCAGAAGAACCGUGGCUGGUUCUGCAAGAUGCUCGAUAAAACUUACUUUACUCAUUUCCUUAUGACAAUGAGUCUACUGUUGCUGUUUUGUUUGUUUGUUUGUUUGUUUUUUCAAAGCAAAGGGUCGUCACACCAAAUAUUGCCUUUGUUUCAUUCAUAAUUGUUUACUGCUCUUUAUAGUUUGUUUGUUUGUUUGUUUGUUAGAGAGAGAGAGAGAGCGCGAGCGAGCGUCAUAUUAUCAUCAAGUCCCAGGAUAUCUUUUUAAGGACAUAGCUCACUCCAAAAUGUUCAGGUACGCUAACCACAGGGUAAUAUGCAAAUUAGCAUGUUUUGCAGCAGUAGAAUAGUGACAUCUGUAGGUCUUACCAUUUAUUACAUUAUUACGUUAAACCUGGAAUCACUUUUGUGUAGAACAGAGGUUCUCAACCUUUUGUAACUGGAGACCCCCCAAGCCUCCCUUAUCACGUGGCACGCUCCAUACACACACACACACACACACACACACACACACACACAGCCUACCUAAUCUAUAAUCUGUUUUUGAUAGAUAAACUUUUUUUAAUGACUUUUUAUAACUUUAAUGUUUUUUUUUUUUUUUUACAACUAGGUUGUCAUAACAUGGACUAUUUUAAAUAUAAAACAUGUUGCAUUCCAUUCGUCUCGUAUUCUAAAAACAUUCAUAUAAGAAUGAUGUAAAUUGGAACGAAGGGCGCGUCUCGUUAUCCAUGACACUGUUAAUUCUCCGGCUCUCGGCCCCUCACUGAACAGAGCAGACGCAGAGAGAGGGGAGAGUGCAGCGGGAAAGAGAGACCUCGCGCUUCGGGACAGAACUGGUGACGUUUGGAAAGUUGCUAAGUGAUGGUAAGAACGUUGAUAUAGAAGGCCUGAGGCUAAUCCCCACUAAUGGAAAGUCAUGUGACACCUGCUCAAAGUCACGUGACACCAGCUGUCAGAUAUAAUCGACAUAUACAGUGAAGUAAAAGAGUAAAAGCCUAUGAACGAGGAAAUGACCCAUCCCUCUCAGAGUGAGCUUCUAGGCAUGCUCAGAAGAAGUGGAGCCCAUCCAUAGUGGGAGAGCUGUGAGAAGCGAGGUUAUAAAUAAAGGUUACAAAUCCACAGAGGAGUGCAGCUCUUCCUGCACAGCUUGUCAUCGCUGGCACACCACAGAGGGCACCUCUGCACAUUUCUCCAAAUAACU